ACUUAUAUAUAAAAUGUGUCUUGAGAAGGAGGAGGAGUUCAUCAACACUUACUAUUUUGAUAUAUAUGGAGAAAAUCAGAAAAGCGUCCUCUGAUUUGUCACUGAAGUUGUUUGAUGAUUUCCUCUGUUGUGUCUAAUAAGGUAAUAGCGAGUGUGAUUGGAGGGUGUUGGGCCUCUUUCUCUCUCAUUAAGGGGGCUGAGAGGAUGCCUGUACUUCUGUAUCAUCAGAGCGGAGAAGCUUGUACACUGGGUGUUGAGUUAAUCAUGCUGAGGAUGAGGAUGAUGGGGAGAUGCCUGACACUCAUUUUACUGUCUGUAGAUGUAAUACACACUACAGCUGCUUAUGUGAAUGUGAGGUUGGUUGGUGGUCACAGUCACUGUGCUGGUACAGUGGAGGUUCUUCACAGAGGUCAGUGGGGAACAGUGUGUGAUGAUUUCUGGGAUCUUAAAGAUGCUGCAGUGGUGUGUAGAGAGCUGGACUGUGGAGAACCUGUAGAUGCUCUGUAUAAUGCUCAUUUUGGACCAGGAUCAGGACCAGUCUGGAUGAGUUAUGUCAUGUGUACUGGAUCAGAAUCUACACUGAAGAACUGUGGUUCAUUGGGAUGGGAUAAACACAACUGUGAUCAUUCUAAAGUUGCUGGGGUCAUCUGCUCAGAAGUCAGGCUGGUUGGAGGAUCUCGCUGCUCUGGGAGGUUAGAGAUACUUCAUAAUCAGACGUGGAUGUCAGUGUGUGACGCUGUCUUUGACCAGCAGGAUGCAGAGGUUGUGUGUAGAGAGCUGGACUGUGGGGCUCCUGUACAGGUGCUGGGAGCAGCUGCUUUUGACAAAGGUGACGCUCAGAUGUGGACACAAGAGAUUCAGUGCAGAGGAAAUGAAUCUCAGAUUCACCUCUGUCCAACAUCACCAUCACAUGAAAACAACUGUUCACGUGACCACAACAUCGGUUUGCUGUGUGCUGACAAAAGAAAUGUGAGAUUGGUAAAUGGUUCCAGUCGCUGUGCUGGUAGAGUGGAGGUUCUUCACAGAGGUCAGUGGGGAACAGUGUGUGGUUAUGGCUGGGAUUUGGCUGAUGCUGCAGUGGUGUGUAGAGAGCUGGACUGUGGAGAACCUGUAGAUGCUGUGGGUGAUGCUCAUUUUGGGCUUGGUUCAGGACCCAUCUUAAUAAAAAAUGCAAUGUGUAAUGGAUCAGAGUCUACUCUUAAGAAAUGUGGAUCCAUGCAAUCAAGUGUUCAUGAUGAGUGUCUUGAUAAGAGUGCUCAAGUUAUUUGUUCAGAAGUCAGACUGGUUGGAGGUUCUCGCUGCUCUGGGAGGUUGGAGAUACUUCAUGAUCAGACGUGGAUGUCAGUGUGUGACGCUGUCUUUGACCAGCAGGAUGCAGAGGUUGUGUGUAGAGAGCUGGACUGUGGGGCUCCUGUACAGGUGCUGGGAGCAGCUGCUUUUGACAAAGGAGACGCUCAGAUGUGGACACAAGAGAUUCAGUGUAGAGGAAAUGAAUCUCAGAUUCACCUCUGUCCAAAAUCACCAUCAUAUGAAAACAAUUGUUCUCAUGAAAAUAAUAUUGGACUUGUGUGUGCAGAAAAUAUGAAAGUAAGGUUGGUUGGUGGUAACAAUUCAUGUGCUGGUAGAGUAGAAGUUCUUCAUAGAGGUCAAUUGGAGGUUUCUUAUGGGAACACAUGGUACACAGUGUGUGACGCUGCUUUUGACCAGCAGAAUGCAGAGGUUGUGUGUAGAGAGCUGGACUGUGGGGCUCCGGUACAGGUGCUGGGAGCAGCUGCUUUGGACAAAGGAGACACUCAGAUGUGGACACAAGAGAUUCAGUGCAGAGGAAAUGAAUCUCAGAUUCACAUCUGUCCUAGUUCAACCUCACACAAACACAACUGUUCACAUGACAAUGACCAGAAACUUAUGUGUGCUGGUUACACAGAUCUCAGACUGGUAAACGGCUCAGACUCUUGUUCUGGAAGAGUUGAGCUUAAGUUCAUUACUUGGUGGAGCACAAUGUAUUCCUCACUGGCUCUUCAUGAUGGUCUGGUGCGGUUGUCUGGAGAGAGACAGUGUGAGGGGGAGCUGGAAGUUUUCCUCCAUCGGGUCUGGAGGAGAGUUCUGCUGGACUCCUGGAGUCUCACUGAAUCCUCUGUAGUCUGCAGACAGCUGGACUGUGGCUCUGUGCUGAACUUCUACAGCUCCUCUUCAUCCAGUCCUGAACACAGUCAUGAGUGUGUGACGGGCUUCCAGUGCUCUGGGAGUGAAGCUCAUCUGGGGAACUGCAGCUCUCCACAAACUCUCAACUGCAGCUCCACACAACAGCUGUACAUCACCUGCCUUGGUGAGAAGAACAACAUCUGGUCCAUCAGGCUGGUGGGUUCUGGGGGAGACUGUGCAGGGAGGCUGGAGGUUUUUCACAGCGGCUCAUGGGGAACAGUGUGUGAUGACUCCUGGGAUAUUAAAGAUGCCCAUGUGGUGUGCAGACAGCUGCAGUGUGGAGUGGCCCUCAGUAACCAGCAGGUACCAGCCUGGUUUGGUCCUGGUUCUGGACACAUAUGGCUGGAUGAGGUGGAGUGUGAGGGGAAUGAGACGUCCCUGUGGAGCUGCUCUUCUUCAGGCUGGGGAAAACAUGACUGUAAUCACAAGGAGGAUGUUGGAGUCGUGUGCUCAGAGUUUAAAGAGGUCAGGUUAACUGAGGGCUGUGAAGGGAAUGUGGAGGUUUUCUACAAUGGAUCCUGGGGUAAUGUGUGCUGGAACCAGAUGGACAGAGACACAGUGAGUCUGAUCUGUCAAGAGCUGAACUGUGGAAGAUCUGGUCUUUUGUCUGCUUCUACACCAAGACUGAAAUCAGCUCCUAACUGGCUGGAUAAAGUAACAUGUCGACCACAUGAUUCAAGUCUGUGGCACUGUCCAUCUUUAGCCUGGGGACAGAAUGACUGCAAAGGGGAUGAAGUGGCCACAAUCACCUGUUCAGAACAGAAAAGUCAUGUGUCCCCUCAAAGCUAUCUGACUUGGUCCACAUUUCCCCACCAGAGACAGAGUUCAGAACGCCUAGCUGUCAGACUGAGUGGAGGUAAGGGCCUGUGCUCUGGGAGGCUGGAGGUGUAUCAUAACGCUGUGUGGGGCUCAGUCUGUGAUGAUCAGUGGGACAUCAGCGAUGCUCAGGUGGUCUGCAGGCAGCUGGGUUGUGGAGCAGCACUGAGGGCUGAUGGGAAUUCAGUCUUUGGUGCUGGUGAAGGUGUUGUGUGGAUGAACAGAGUCGAGUGCAGAGGGAAUGAGAUUCACCUGUGGGACUGUCCUCUCUCCCUGAAAAACCACACUGACUGCUCCAAGAAAGAGCACGCUGGACUCACUUGUGCAGAUUUGCCAGAUUUGUCAGUGUCCUCUUCUCCUGCCACAGCAACAUCAGUUUCUCCUCCGGUUUCUCCUCCAGUGCGCUCAACAUCAGUCUCUCCUCCACAAACUCUCUCCGUCCCCCCAGUGCUUGUGAUUGUUCUGGGAGUUGUGCUCUUACUGCUCUUAGUGCCACUGCUUAUACUGAUUCAGCAGAACAGAGUGAUGAGGAGAGGUAGGAGAGAUCCAGAGACUGUCAUAUUGUGUCUUAUUCAGUGUGUGAUCAGUCAUGUGUUGUGAACUGACAGCAGGUUUGUCUGUCUACA